AUGGCCUUCUUUGACCACAAGUUCAAGCUCAAAGUACACAUUCUCCAGAUCAUCUUGAUCCACAUUGUCAUGGGCGUCUCCACACCCCAGUUGUUCCUCAAAGGCCAGCCGCGAACCCGAGCCAACACCAUCGCACUGGGCAUGGGCUGCAAAUCGAUGGUCAUCAUCACCUAUCAUAUUUUGACAGAGCACCGCGAGCGGUUCAGUCGGUGGAGAUCCUAUAAAGCCUAUGCCAUUCUCAACGGCCUUGAGAUCGUCUUCUGGGCAGCAGUCGUUUUCUUGAUCGUACAGGCCAACAUUAAGUCGUGCGUGGGCAUCUCGUGUACCCUUCGGUGGGUAGCCAUGGGAGUGUCAAUCGUCAUCAAUGUCAUCGCUGUGUACAUGUUCAUCAUCUCGUACAUAGACUUCCGAGUCCACCGCAUCCAGAAGGAGUUCAAGGGCAGUCGAAGAAUCCUGAACGACAACAACAUUGAGCAUGGCCAUGCCAUGGACCAACUGCAUCUCAAGCCGUUCAGCGCCAGUGGCACCCAGGCACCCCGUCCACACCAGCGUGAGUACCAUGGAGGAGAGCACGGCGCACGCAGGCACACCCCUGUUCCGACGCUUGACCUGCUUAACGACAUCUCGCAUCAACGACCUGCAAAUUUCCCUUACCAUUCGAUUUGGCACGCGGUAGUGCGAGACGAGGGAGGCGGCAACACAUUCAGACUCUUUCGAGCCACUGUCGGCUGUACAUAA